AUGUGCGACAAGGCGAGGGCCUCGUCCUGGUCCGCUUCUCCGCUCUCGAGCCUCAUCUACGAGCGUCAGCUCGUCGACCGCCGGCCGCUCCUCAGCAGUUUGUCCGACAAGGCGCGCAUACCGCGGCACGCCCUCGCCGCCGGCGUGCCGAGCGCUCGAACCUUCUACUCGGGCUCUAGCUGCGCGGCGGCUGGCCUCGCCUCGCUACCGCCCGACUACGUCCUCAAGGCGACUCACACGAGCGGCUGCGUCGUCGUGGUCAGGGGAGGGGUGGUGGUGGCGCAUAAGACUUGCCGAGGCUACGGCCAGAGUGUCGUGGGCGAGGAGGCAUCGCCGGCUCUGGUGCGGCGGCUGUGCGAGGCGUGGCUCGCCUUUGGCUUCCAGGGGCGAGGGGGGCGUGAGUGGGCGUACUCAGCCGUGCCGCGCGGCGUGCUGGCGGAGGAGGUUCUGCCGGCGCCACACUCCGACGCGCAGGCGGUCGCGGAGGACAUCAAGUGCUGGACGGCGGGCGGAAGAACCCUCUUCAUGCACCACACCCGCUCCCGCUUCGGCCAUGCCGACAAGCGAGACACCUUUUACGACGCGCUAACGCUCCGCCCCCGCCUCGACAUCCGUUUUGGGGCGGGGCCGUUCUGCGGACUCGGCCACCUCCUGGGCAUGCCCGCCGCGCUCUGCCUGCCGCACGCCUCGCGCGCCGACACGAACGCCUCGCGCUGGCUGAACGCGAGCGUGGUGAGCGAGGCGGCGCGCGCGUGCGACCGCGUCGCCGCCACCACUGGCAUCGACUUUGCCCGCAUCGACCUGCUGCUCGCCGGAAGGGCGCCGUCGCGGCCGCGCGGGCUGGUGCUCUCCGAGGUGACGCUGUACCCGUUCGGAGGCCGCCCGCAUCUCUCGCCACGCUCGGUGGAUGUCGCGCUCGCAAACGCGUGGUGCGAAGCGGGCGGACCCUACCGCUCGCCGCUAGCGCUGCCGCAGUGA